UUCAAGUAAACGGUUCUCUCAGACACUAUUUUCAGUGAAAAUGCUGUUUCUUUUGUCUUCGUUACACGAAUGUGCAUUGUUUUCUUUUUACAUGCGUCGAAUUUCUGUCUGAACAAGCUCACGUGAGUGAAAACAGACACCCUGGAUUUUGCUGAAAACAUUUCUAGUUUGCAUAAUUUCUGUUGUGAUCGUUGAGGAGGCUUCGUCGACAAGUGUCUUGCCACUGGUUUGGAAAAUAACUUGUAGCAGCAUAAAGCAAAUGGGAAAAAAAGAGGAAAAUGAUCACGAAGCAAAAGAAAGAUUAUUAGGUGAUGAUGUAAACCCUCAAGUCGAACCGGCAGACAAGUUCAAUGUGGUCUACUUCAUUAUGCUCAUUCAAGGAGUGGGUACCCUGUUGCCCUGGAACAUGUUCAUUACUGCACAUGCAUAUUUCCAAGAGAAAUUAAAGGCAAACGAAGAUCUGAAGCACAGCUUUGAGAAUUACUUUUCAGUAGCAGCCAUGGUGCCCAAUGUUGUUAUGUUCCUAAUCAACACUCUUUUUAAGCACAAAGUUCCACUGCAAGUUAGAAUGAUUACAUCAGUGUGUAUCAUGACAUUGUGUUUUAUUUUGACGACAGUCUUGGUAGUGAUUGACACUUCAAAAUGGACAACAGAUUUCUUUUAUAUCACAAUUGGAACUAUUAUUCUAAUUAACAUGAGCAGUGCAAUUUAUCAAGGAGGACUCUUUGGUGUCUGUGGAAUGAUGCCUCCGAGAUACACUGGCGCUGUAAUGACUGGCCAGGGUGUUGGAGGCACAUUUGCUGCCUUAGCGAGUAUAUUUUCACUGCUAGGAGGAAAGGAUGCUGUUAGCAGUGGCUUUGGGUAUUUCAUGUCAGCAGCAGUAGUUCUUACUCUCUGUCUUUUCACAUACAUCAUGUUAAAUAAACUGAAAUUUGCUAGACAUUACAUUGCAUCACAGAGUAGAAGAACUGAAAUCAUGAGCUCAAAUAAUGGAAGUGAACAGAUUGAGAGGCUGGCAAACUGGCAAAUACCAGCUUCAAAACAGUCAGGAAACAUACAACACUCAACACUAAGUUUGGAUAACGAGGCACUUCUGUCAGUUAAGUAUCAUCCAAAAGAAGCUGAAGCUUUCAAGAAUGAAAGGCCUCCUUUUCUGUUGAUAUUUAGACAGAUCUUUAAGCUGGCUUCAUCUGUUGCAUUUGUAUUCUUUGUGACAUUAGCAGCUUUUCCUUCAUUGACAUCAAGAAUACAAUCAGUGCACAAAGGGGAUGGCUCAGAAUGGACAGAAACCUAUUUUGUUCCUGUAACAUGCUUCCUUUUGUUCAAUAUUGGUGACUUCUGUGGCAGACUGGCAGCAUCUUUCACACAAUGGCCUGGAAAAGAUGGCUACCUUCUGCCAGUUCUCUGUUUCUUGAGAGUGGUGUUCCUUCCUUUGUUUGCAUUUUGUAAUGCCCUACCGAGAAAAAAUCCCAAUCUACUAUUUUUCAAUGAGGAUUACUACCCAAUAAUAUUCAUGGUACUAUUUGCCAUCUCAAAUGGCUAUCUUGGAAGUCUGUGCAUGAUGUAUGGACCAUCCAUGGUAGAGCCUAAACAUGCAGAAACAGCAGGAACUAUGAUGGCUUUCAUGCUCAUCAUUGGUUUAGGAGUUGGAGCAGGAUUUUCUUUUGUGAUCACGAUGUUUCUCUGAAAACAAUUGUACCAAGCUGCUUACAGAUCAGAAGUUCUGGUGCCUCAAACCUAUCUCUUGUAGAAGUAACAUUCUGAUUGUCUUGCUAGUGCCAAGUGCAGUACUUGCAGUGACAUUAGAGCAUUUUUCAGGCUUAAGGGCUGUGUUAUAUCAAUGGAUUUCAAGGCCUAGAUGUUGUGUUUGAUUCCAGAAGUGGAUUUCCAUGGAAAUUGUUCAUAUCUACAAAUGUGGGGUUUUUACUAAAUCUGGUGUGAUUGGUAGGUUGGCAAAUCCUUGACCAAAUUCUCCAAGGAUUGUCUCAAAAAACAAUGUUUGUGGUGGAUGGAGGCCAGUCUAGUUGAUAUUUUAAAGAACAGAUCCAGCAAAUAUAGGAGCAGACAAAUCAUAGCAUGAAGUAAAGAAAAAAAAAAAAACAAUUGUUUGUGUCUGAAAUGUUGAUGUAAUAUUUCAAAAACUCGU